GUCAGCGGCCCGAGCCCAGCGCUGUUCCCUGCCCGUCCUGCGGCAUCCCGGCGCCACCAUGCUCCUGAUUCUGGGGCUGUGCUUGGGGCUGCCGCUCUGCGCGGGGUCGCUGGAAGAGGCGCACAGCUGGGGUGACGCUUCGGAGCAAGUUGGACUCAGGGUCCCGAGGCAACCCCGGCUGUUGCAAAGGCUGAAAACUAAACCUCUGAUGACAGAAUUCUCCGUGAAAUCUACCAUUAUUUCUCGCUAUGCCUUUACUACGGUUUCCUGCCGAAUGAUGAAUAGAGCUUCUGAGGACCAAGAUGCUGAGUUUCUGAUGCAGAUUCCAGCUGCAGCUUUUAUCACCAACUUCACUAUGCUAAUUGGUGACAAGGUGUAUCAGGGAGAAAUUACAGAGAGAGAAAAGAAAAAUGAUAAGGUAAAAGAGAAAAGGAAUAAAACCACAGAAGAUAAUGGGGAGAAGGGAACUGAAAUGUUCAGAGCCUCCACAGUUAUUCCCAGCAAGGACAAAGCUGUCUUCCUCCUGAGCUAUGAAGAGCUCUUGCAGAGGCGGCUUGGGAAGUAUGAGCAUGUCAUCAGUGUGCGACCCCAGCAACUGGUAGGGAGGCUGACAGUGGAAGUGAAUAUUCUGGAGAGUUCAGGCAUCACAUCGCUGGAGGUGCUGCCUCUACACAACAGUAGACAGAAGGGCAGCGGAAGGGCAGAAGACAAUGCUGGGCCGCCUCCUUCUACUCUUAUCAACCAAAAUGAAACUUUUGCCAAAAUCAUUUUUAAGCCUAGUGUAGUGCAACAAGCCAGGAUUGCACAAAAUGGCAUUUUGGGAGAUUUCAUCAUGAGAUACGAUGUCAAGAGGGAACAGAGCAUUGGAGACAUCCAGGUUCUAAAUGGUUAUUUUGUGCACUACUUUGCCCCCAAAGACCUUCCUCCGUUACCCAAGAAUGUGGUAUUUGUGCUGGACAGCAGUGCCUCCAUGGUAGGAACCAAACUCCGGCAGACCAAAGAUGCCCUCUUCACAAUCCUACAUGACCUCCGACCCCAGGAUCACUUCAGCAUCAUUGGAUUUUCCAACCGGAUCAAAGUGUGGAAGGACCAUUUGGUGUCAGUUACUCCCAACAAUAUCAGAGAUGGCAAAGUCUACAUUCAUCACAUGUCACCCACCGGAGGCACAGACAUCGAUGGGGCCCUGCAGAGGGCCAUCAGGCUGCUCAACAAUUAUGUGGCCCACAAUGACAUUGAAGAUCGCAGCGUAUCCCUCAUCAUCUUCCUGACGGAUGGGAAACCCACAGUUGGCGAGACCCACACCCUCAAGAUUCUCAACAACACGAAGGAGGCUGCCCGGGGCCAAAUCUGCAUCUUCACCAUUGGCAUUGGGAAUGAUGUGGACUUCAAGCUGCUGGAGAAACUGUCGCUGGAGAACUGUGGCCUCACACGGCGUGUUCAUGAGGAGGAGGAUGCGGGCUCACAGCUCAUUGGGUUCUACGAUGAGAUCAGGACCCCUCUGCUCUCUGACAUCCGUAUCGAUUACCCACCGAGCCUUGUGGAGCAGGCUACCAGAACCCUCUUCCCCAACUACUUCAAUGGCUCAGAGAUCAUCAUUGCUGGGAAGCUGGUGGACAGAAAGAUGGAUAGAUUGCACGUGGAAGUCACAGCCAGCAACAGUAAGAAAUUUGUUGUACUGAAGACAGACAUCCCUGUAGAGCCCCAAAAGGCAGGGAAUGAUGUCUCAGGACACACCAGACCCAAGGGUGAUGGCGAGGAAGACCCCAAUCACCUCGAGCGUCUUUGGAGCUACCUGACCAUGAAGGAGCUGCUGAACUCCUGGCUACAGAGUGACGACAAGCAGGAGAAGGAACAACUGAGGCAGAAGGCCCAAACUCUGGCUGUGAACUCUCGCUUCCUCACCCCAUUCACCUCCAUGAAGUUGAAGAAACCUGCACUGCAGACAAAGAAGCUAGAGGACAGCUAUGGCAUGUCCGCUGCAACAGGGCCUGAAACAGUGAUGCAGGACCUGCAAGCCUCCCACUUGCAGUCAGGACCUGCUCUCAAGAAACCAUACAACCCAAGAAUUAGAGUCUCCAAAACAUCAGCGGAUGGAGACCCCCAUUUUGUUGUGGAUUUCCCCUUGAACAAGCUCACUGUCUGCUUCAACAUUGAUGGACAGCCUGGGGACAUCCUAAGGCUGGUCUCUGAUCAUGCAGACUCUGGUGUGACAGUGAAUGGAGCAUUAAUUGGAGCCCCUGCUCCUCCCAACGGCCACAAGAAACAACGCACUUACUUCCGCACCAUCACCAUCCUUGUCAAUAAGCCCAAGAGGUCAUACCUCGAGAUUACACCACACAGAGUCAUCUUGGAUGGAGAAGACAGGCUGGUCCUCCCCUGCAAUCAGAGCAUGGUAGUGGGGAGUCAGGGACUGGAGGUGUCAGUGUCUGCCAAUGCCAAUGUCACUGUCACCAUCCAGGACACCAUUGCCUUCGUCGUCCUCAUUCACCUCUACAAAAAACCAGCCCCCUACCAGAGAGACCACCUGGGUUUCUACAUCUCCAGUAGCAAAGGCCUUUCUGGCAACUGCCAUGGACUGUUAGGUCAGUUCCUGAACCAGGAUGCCAGACUCACAGAGGAGCAUGCCGGGCCCAGCAAAAACACUACUGGUCCUUUACUCCCAAAGGCAGGCGAGAUGUCUGGAACUGUCCUGAAGGUGAAAGGACAUCAGGUCCCGGUAGUCUGGAAACAGAGGAAAAUCUACAAUGGGGAGGAGCAGGUCGACUGCUGGUUUGCCAGGAACGCAGCCCAGCUGCUCGAUGGGGAGUACAAGGAUUACCUGGCAGCCCAUCCUUUUGACUCAGAGACUACCUUUGGCCUGGGAAUAUCCAGGGGACUUUGACACUAGCAGCUUUAAUGUAAGAGUGCCUGACAGGGAAAUGGCCUUCGGGAACACUGUGGUGUGGUUCUUGUUGCUGGCCUGUGCCUGGUCUCUUGGCAGUAAGCUGCAACCCUUGGCCUGCCCCUGCUGGCCUGUAGGUCUGAUGUCGUCUUGAGCAAAGGGUAGGAUCAUGAAGCUGAAGUGACAUGUUGUUUCCCCUGCUUCCUCCUCCUGCCAAGGUUUCCUUAUGUACUAUAGAGAAAGAUGGUAGCUCCAAAAGGGGAAAGGCCAUGAUUAAAAGCAAGAAGUCUAUGUCUUGUACCGACUGGCUUGUCCAUCUCACGGCCCACCAUAAAGUAACUUUGAUGAAGGAAGAUUGUUGUAAAAUUUGUCUUCUCUGUGGAAAAAGCCAAGUUUGGGCACACUGCUUUUCACUUUGUAAGUGCUUAGGAAUCUUUUCUUUUCAUACCACUGCAUUCUCCAGAUGUGUGGCCCGCCUCUGCUUCAGAGGAUCCUUUGAUGGAGCCCAGACCACGAGUCAUGCAAUAGCCUGUAGAGUUGAUCAUUAUAAACAAUUAAGUCUUUUCUAGGAGAAGAUUUUCUCCUGCUGUGAUAUCUUGCUCUUGAAAAUUAGUUUUCAUUUUUAUUAAAAAAUGAUUAAAAAUAGAAAAUCUACA